AUGGGGUUUUCUUUUCGUAUAUUGAUAGUUGCGCUUCUAUAUUGUACUUCCACAUCCGCCAAACACUGUGAUAAAAGCGAAUUUGUUUAUGAGUAUACGAAAUGUGAUAACAAUGGCCAAAGAUGGAGAGUAGCUCUUCCAAAAUUCCACAGCCUUCAGUGUGACAACAUUCCUUCUCUCCAAGAUGGGGUCAACUGCAGUAAGUAUAUUUUAAUAUUUUUUAAUAAAAACUUACAAUGUUUCACUAAUUGUUAAUUAAGGUUUUUCAUGCCCGGCGGGUUACUAUCUGAACAUGGAGAAUCAGCAAUGUAUGGGAUGCCCAGCAGGUGCUUUCUCUUGAAAUCAAUUCAUUCCUCUUGUUUAGGGUCAUAUAGCCUCGGGGAUGGAGUUAGAUACGAUGGAUUCAGCGGUUUGCCGGAAGGAUUCUCUAUUGAAAACUUUGUGGAUGACUCUGCACAAUUAUUUGGGACAUCGCAAAGUUAUACAUGUCCAAAAAGGUAGAUCAGACAGAAAUUUCUUUCUGUUUUUAUAUGGUAUGUUUAAUCAUUGCGUCAUCUUUAAGCUCGGGCUGGGUGGUGGAAGAUGGAGAGCUCAGGUAUAACCCAACCUCAUGUGUAUCUCGACUCAGCAUCUCUGUUCAUCUUGUGAAAGAUGGCUAUGUUGAGAUCUUUUACCAACUUCCAAAGAAUCGGCAUUCUCUUGUUAGUGAUUUGGUCAUAAGAAAUGAGCAAUGCGAGAGUUAUGGGUGGGAAUAUUUUUAAAACAUUUCAGUGUUUAGAGCUCCUGAAGUAUUUAAAAAACGCAGACCAGUGGACGAAGACAUUUCGACCGGCAACGAUUGGCAUCUGAAGCGCUUUAAUGUGAGACGAGGCCAGAAUCUGAUAGUCUGGACAAUUGUGUCCAACAAAGAACUGACCACUCUUGCUGAUGUUGUGAGGGUACCCAGGAUUGACAUAAUUGGAUUACCCUUUACGCCUGUUUGCACUCAAUGUCCAGCUGGAAGUUACAGUAAUCCCAAAUCAUCACAAUGUUUCGGCUGCCAGGCUGGAUUCUUCAGCAUCAAGGGGUCACCGUCGUGCACAGCUUGUGGAGUUAACGAAUAUUCUGGUAGGACUAUUAAACAUUCAUCUAUUCAUAUCAUAGGACCAAAAUCUGGCAAAUGUUUAACCCGCCCUACCUGUCAAACUCUCGAUUUUUAUCCAGUCUACGGUAAAUGUGAUGAUGGGAAGUUGAAGGUGCAUCAGGCAAAGGGGGAGCCCAAUGUUUGCAUCAAUGCAAACCAGCAGGUACUUUUAUUUGGCUGUUGUAUAUAUUCUAGACACCAUCUUUAUCUUCUGAACCCUGCUUUAAAUGCCAUGCGGGGACUAAAAGACAAGAAGGAGUGUGCGUAGCUUGUGCAAAAGGAGAGUUUUCUGACGGUGAAAGUUGCAACAAAUGCCCCAACUCCACAAUUCCUGAAUACGGUCUCUAUUAUACAAAUUGGGAGAGAAUGCCGGAAGCAAUGGGGUCGGGAUGUGAGUAUGUAAUGGCAGAAGAUCUGGGGGAUUGCCCCGUUAAAAAUGGAUGGAUUCCCUACGGUAAUCGGAUUGAAAGUUCGAUGACUCGUGCUCGAGGCGUAGCUCUAGAGUUGUCGUUGAAUGUGACUUACGGAUUUUUUGAUCCGUUGCGGAGUUCUGAUGUGAAAUUAAGUGCAUCUGAUCCUGUGGCUAGGCUUGAUUUUGAAUUCGAACUUCAAUGUCGCGACGCAAGCUGCCAAUUAUACGUUGUUUUGGUCGAUCUGGUAAGUAAAAUAUCUAGCAAACGUAAGCCGGAUUUAAAGAGCGAGACGGAAAAAAGAGAUGGAUUUAAAUUUCUGGAAGCCUUCAGCGGCAGCCAGAAGAGGCAAGUGAAGUCCUAUUCCAUCAUCAAAAAGUCCCCCGUCAAACUUGUCUUUGCCUUUAUGAGAUCAGGCGCCAGUCGGGGAGAUGAUGCCCUCGGGGACAAAGCUGUUAUGUAUGCCCUAAACCUCACUAAUGUUGCUGAUCAGACUAAAAAAGGGAAUAUUGGUGGGGCCAGAAGGUGUCGGCCUUGUCCAUCAAUCAAAGGAAGCAACGGAGAAUGCAAGCCCUGCCCUCCAGGGCAUUUCAUCCAAGAAAAGGUAUACUGUAAUGUCAUACAUAGUACAUUUUAUUUUAUGAUUUUACAGACUAAUGAAUGCGUUAAAUGUCCCGAUGGAACUGCCUUAAAUACAACCUCAAAUAAAUUAGGAGUGGAGAGUUGUGUUAAAUGCCCUGAAAAUAUGGGAUCAGUGGGUCAAAGCGAAUGUGGAUUUACUGGGAACAUGGACUUGGAUGUUGAAGGGAAGAAGUUGCACUUUGAUCUGACCCCAUUAAAGAAUCAGUAAGUUGAUCUUUUACAGCUCUCUUGACAUUCGUUACUUAAUUUUUUCAAUAUGAGAUGCGGGUAUUUGGGUAUAUACCCGGAUAUAUACCCCGUCCUAACCCCACUCCGGAGAAGCGCGGCUGCCCCAAUCCUUGGCAUUGAGACUAUUUGAAAUUACAUGUUUUCAGCCCAUUAACAGCCAGCGGGAUUAAGGUAUUUCCUCGAGAAGGGAGUUCGUAUUAUCAUUCCUUCAAUAUCAGCAUAUUCAAUGAACCUGUGGUUUGUCAAGACAGCUAUGACAGUGGCCUUAUGGACUCAUUGGGUCCGUUGGGAAUCGACUUCCAAGUAUCCGAUUCCCGGCCAUUCUUUUGUAGAGCGACGGCAAUUCCUGGGGCUAAGAAGUUUAAUUCGACCAACAAGGUUUCCUUCGUAUCAUCAUUUAUGUAAGUUUCCAACUGCCAAAUUCUUAUCAAAGUCGGAUUGGUUUUUGAUUUCAGAAUAUCCUCAAAACUUGCAGUCAUCACUCAAAACAAGACAUACAAGGGAUUCCGGCUUGAAGACAAACAGCUCGAAUACGGUAAUAGUAACCUGUAAUCCAAAGAAGACAAUUCAGACCUGUCUGCAAGGUCGUCUUCACGACCCAUUGAUGUUCAUUUUUUCUUCGAACCGAGUCCCAGUAAGAGCUCGAGUUGUCCAAAUGGGACAAUUGGCGUGGUUACAACCAGAUGUGAGCCCUUGGUCGUCACAUCGCCAGAAGUGCGGCUCUCUCGAAAUUGUCCUGAUGGUACCUGUGAUGGAUGUCUCUUCCAUGUUAUAAUUGAGAGUUCAUUUGCUUGUCCUAUUUGUGAUCCUUCAGACUUUGAUGAGAUUAAAGGUGAAUGUUUGGAGGGGAAACAAAAGAUCCAUUCCAUACCGUCAAAGUAAGUUCAAUGCGCUUUAAUGGGAAUAUUCUGCCUAUUACUACGUACCUAUCACGCCCCAUGUUUUAGGCAUUGUGUUCUGAGUGGAAUGCAAAGCCGACAGCGCGUAGAAGCUUGCUCGAAUGUCAACUCCAAUGUGAAACUUCUGUUUAUUUUGGCUGCCCUGUUGAUCUUAUUCCUUGUUUUGAUCAUCGUCGCUUUCCAUCGACGAAACAAAACGUAAGAAAAUUUGUAAAUAAAAAACCUUUAAGACUGGAAUAUCGAUACAUGAGGAUUGUGGAAGGGAAAGAACCGGAUGAUGUGAAUAGCUGUGGUCUGACCAGUGAUGAGGAGGAAGAGGAAGACGACAAAAACAGGACAAAGGUGUUCUUCAAGAAGAAGAACCAAAAAGAAGAGGGCAGUGUUCGCGUAUCCACCACGAGAACACCCAAAGGAGCUCUUCUCGACGCAGAAACCAACGAUUUCCUAUCCGAUGACUCAUCUUAA